GGUUGGGCUCGCGGCUCUGCGAUUGGUCGGCCCAAACUCCGCCUCCACUGCAUGUCAUUAGCAUCUUAUUAACUGCCUGCUCCGGCUCGAGAGGAAGCCGCUGCCGCCAGUCUGAGGCAGGUGCCCGAAAUGGCGAGUGCUGUGCUGCCGAGCGAGUCCCAGUGUGCGGUGGCGGCGGCGGUGGCGGCGGCGGCGGCGCCUUCCGGGCUCCGGCUCCGGCUUCUGCUGUUGCUCCUCUCUGCCGCGGCACUGAUCCCCACAGGUGAUGGACAGAAUUUGUUUACGAAAGACGUGACAGUGAUCGAGGGAGAAGUUGCAACCAUCAGCUGCCAAGUCAAUAAGAGUGACGACUCUGUGAUUCAACUACUGAAUCCCAACAGGCAGACCAUUUAUUUCAGGGACUUCAGGCCUUUGAAGGACAGCAGGUUUCAGUUGCUGAAUUUUUCUAGCAGUGAACUCAAAGUGUCGUUGACAAAUGUCUCAAUUUCUGAUGAAGGAAGAUACUUCUGCCAGCUCUACACUGACCCCCCACAGGAAAGUUACACCACAAUCACAGUCCUGGUCCCACCACGUAAUCUGAUGAUCGAUAUCCAGAAAGACACUGCGGUGGAAGGCGAGGAGAUUGAAGUCAACUGCACGGCCAUGGCCAGCAAACCAGCCACGACUAUCAGAUGGUUCAAAGGGAACAAGGAGCUGAAAGGCAAAUCAGAGGUGGAAGAAUGGUCAGACAUGUACACUGUGACCAGUCAGCUGAUGCUGAAGGUGCACAAGGAGGACGAUGGGGUCCCAGUGAUCUGUCAGGUGGAGCACCCUGCUGUCACUGGAAACUUGCAGACCCAGCGGUAUCUAGAAGUGCAGUAUAAGCCUCAAGUGCAUAUUCAGAUGACUUAUCCUCUACAAGGCCUAACCCGGGAAGGGGACGCGCUUGAGUUAACGUGUGAAGCCAUCGGGAAGCCCCAGCCUGUGAUGGUGACUUGGGUGAGAGUGGAUGACGAAAUGCCUCAACACGCCGUGCUGUCCGGGCCCAACCUGUUCAUCAAUAACCUAAACAAAACAGAUAAUGGUACAUACCGCUGUGAAGCUUCAAACAUAGUGGGGAAAGCUCAUUCGGAUUAUAUGCUGUAUGUAUACGACACAACGGCGACGACAGAACCAGCAGUUCACGGCCUUACUCAGUUGCCCAAUUCCGCAGAAGAACUGGACAGUGAGGACCUCUCAGAUUCUCGAGCAGGUGAAGAAGGCGCGAUAAGGGCAGUGGAUCAUGCCGUGAUUGGCGGCGUCGUGGCCGUGGUGGUGUUCGCCAUGCUGUGCUUGCUCAUCAUUCUGGGGCGCUAUUUUGCCAGACAUAAAGGUACAUACUUCACUCAUGAAGCCAAAGGAGCCGAUGACGCAGCAGACGCAGACACAGCUAUAAUCAAUGCAGAAGGAGGACAGAACAACUCUGAAGAAAAGAAAGAGUACUUCAUCUAGAUCAGCCUUUUUGUUUCAAUGAGGUGUCCAACUGGCCCUAUUUAGAUGAUAAAGAGACAGUGAUAUUGGAACUUGCGAGAAAUUCGUGUGUUUUUUAAUGAAUGGGUGGAAAGGUGCGAGACUGGGAAGGCUUGGGAUUUGCUGUGUAACAAAAAUGUUCUUUGAAAAGUACACUCUGCUGUUUGACACCUCUUUUUCUUGUUGGUUUGUUUGUUUAAUUUUUAUUUCUUCCUACCAAGUCAAACUUGGAUGCUUGGAUUUAGUUUGGAUAGAUUGCAGAAAAUUCUGUGCCUUGUUUUUUGUUUGUUUGUUGUGUUACCUUUUUUUUUUUCUUCCUUUGUGCGCAUUUAUUUUUCCCAAAAAAUUUUGGAUUUUUUCCAAAAUCUCCCAUUUUGGAAUUUGCCUGCUGGGAUUCCUUAGAAUCUUUCUUCCCCUUAUUUUGUUAUUGUUUGGACUUUUUCUGUUUAUCUUUGAAGUAACUGCUUUCUGUUCAAAGUUCAGUUUCAUAAAAGGAGAACCAGCACACUUUAGAUUUCAUAGUUCAGAAUUUAGUGUAUCCAUAAUGCAUUCUUCUCUGUUGUCGUAAAGAUUUGGGUGAACAAACAAUGAGCACUCUUUGCUGCUGCCCAUGUUUCAAAUACUUAGAGCAGUGAAGACUAGAAACUUAGACUGUGAUUCCGAAACUGUUCUGUUUGCUGUGGAACUACAUUACUGUACAGGGUUAUCUGCAAGUGAGGUGUGUCACAAUGAGAUUGAAUCUGUCUUUAAUUCUGUAACUGUAGACGGCUCAGUAGAGAUACCCCACACUGUAGAAAGGUUUGGGGCGGAAAGGGCUCCUCCUUUUUCAAUGCCCUAAACAGACCUGACAGGUGAGGCCUGUUCCUUUUAUAUAAGUGGACAAAUUUGAGUUGCCACAGGAGGGGAAGUAGGGAGGGGGGAAAGACAGUUCUGCUCUGGUUAUUUCUGUUCCAAAUGAUUCCAUCCACCUUUCCCAAUCGGCCUUACUUCUCACUAAUUUGUAGGAAAAAGCAAGUACGUGUGGUGUGCGAAUGACUGAGUGGGACAGGGUUUUUUUUUUUUUUUCCUUUGUGCUUAGUUAGGAAGGCAGUAGGAUGUGGCCUGCAUGUACUGUAUAUUACAGAUAUUUGUCAUGCUGGGAUUUCCAACUCGAAUCUGUGUGAAACUUUCAUUCCUUCAGAUUUGGCUUGACAAAGGCAGGAGGGACAAAAGAAGGGCCGGUAUUGUUCUCACACUGGUCUGCUAUCGAUCUCAGUUCUCGAAAGGUCAGAGCAGAGGUGGAAAAACAGCAUGUAGGGAUUUUCAGUUACUUAAUCAAACUCAAAUGUGAGUGUUUUUAUCUUUUUACCUUUCAUACACUAGCCUUGGCCUCUUUCCUCAGCCUUAAGAACCAUCUGCCAAAAAAUUACUGAUCCUCGCAUGAUGGCAGCCAUAGUGCAUAGCUACUAAAAUAAAUUACCUUGAACAUAUCUUCAAUGGGGAGCCUUGGGAAAAGGUAGAGGAGUCAAGUUACCAUUUACAUUUUUUUUAAAGAAAUGUGGGGAUUUUCACUGAAACAUCUAGGAAAUCUAGAAGUAGUCCUGAAGGACGAAAACUAAACUCUUACCAUAUGUUUUGGUAAGGCUCCAGACUCCAGGAUACAGUCCCUAUGGAAAGAUGGCAUCAAAAAAGAUAGAUCUAUAUAUAUAUAUAAAUAUAUAUUAUAUAACAUUUUCAGUGAGUACUUUUGGAUUUUGCAAGGUGCAUUUUUACUAUUGUUACAUUAUGUGGAAAACUUACGCUGAUUUAUUUAAGGGGAAAAAAGUGUCAACUCUUUGUUAUUUGAAAGCGUGUUUAUUUUUCUUGUCUUUAUUUUAACCUUUGAUAGAACCAUUGCAAUAUGGGGGCCUUUUGGGAACGGACUGGUAUGUAAAAGAAAAUCCAUAUCGAGCAGCAUCUCGUUCUCCCCUCUCCUAUCCCUAGGCACUUAACCAAGACAAAAAGCCACAAUGAACAUCCCUUUUUCAAUGAAUUUUAUAACGUGCAGCUCUAUUCCGAGCCCUUAGCACCCAUUCUGACCAUAGUCUAACCAUAUCAAAGGGUGAGAACCAUUUAGCAUGUUGUUGAAAGGUUUUUUCCGUUGUUCUUUUUAGGAGGAAAAAAAAAAAAAAAGUACCAUUGCUCACAGAAUUGGCGUCUUGUUUUUGGGACCUCCCAUCUUUCUGUUUUGAAAAGUGUACAGUAGUGCAGUGUUCCUGAUGUAACUUUAUGGCUUACAAUGUUGACAUGUCUCAGGUUCAUGUGUUUCGAUUGGUGUUUUCCGUCUCAGGUAGAUUGCAAAGUGUAGGCCCCACGCAUUGGAAAAAAAAUAAUAAUAAAACAAAGCAAAAACAGGAAAUUAUGGAUUUUAGUUGUAUAUUGGUUUAUGUAUUUUUUCUUAAGUAUACAGUGCACUGUUUGAAAUGUAUUGUUGAGUAUUACUUUGUACAGGUUGAUCACUUUUUUUAGAGUGAAGAAAGAACAAACUUGUUUUUUGUGUUUUUUAAAGGAAUAUAAAAUAAUGAAGGAUGUAUAAUUGAUGCCAAAUAAGCUUGUUCUUUAGUCACACCGACGUCUUAUUUUUCCCUUUAGGCCAGUUCUGUUUCUGAGGUGUACAUGAACAAUGUUACAGUGUAAGAAACUCCAUAUCCAUAUGUUCCCAUUCGCAUUUUGUAUUGGUUCAUGUAUACCAUUUUUACAAAAAAAAAA